UUGUGAUUUUUCUGUAAUUGUUGCUUAAGAAAGUCUAAAGUAUUAAAGUCAGUUAUAUAAGUUGAUUGAAGGAAAAAAUGAAGUCCGUAGAGUGUCAGGUAGCACACACAGAUGGUGCCAAUCUAGAAUGCUGAGUGACUGAAGCUUGGGCAACACUUCCCUGUGCAUGUGUGGGGCCCUUACCCCAAACCCCAGUCCAUUCUCAGGCCCACCCUCAGAUGGACAGGUCUCAGGAAUUCAGCCCAGACACUGGGUGAGCUGUCUCAUGUGCGGUUCCUUUUCUCCCUGUACAGAUAGAUCUCCCUGAAGGGGACUCUCAUUCCAGAGGUCAAGAAGGGUUAAGAAGAAGGUGUUGGGGGCCUACCUCCUCACCCAGCUCAGAAAGGACUUAUCUUACUUCUCAGCUGGACCUCGCUCCAACUCUGUGAAGGUGGAUCUGCAGAGACCCAGAGGACACCACCGAGAGGAGCCCAGAGCAGUGCUCAGGCAGUUGCCCCAGCCCAGGGCCAGCGCCUGCUCAUCAGGAAAGGCAGCCUCAUGCUGGGCCCUCACUUCCCACCACAGCCCCUGGGGCCUGGAGAAGGGAGGCCUACCCCCUGCACCUUUCAGAUCCCCGAUGGAAGCUACAGGUGCCUGGCCCUGGAGGCCGAGGAGAGCGGCAGUGAAGAGGGCCUGCAGGGAGAGGCAGGGCCCAUGGACCUGGAAGACAACAAGGUGGCCAGCAACAGCAGCAGCAGCAUCAGAGACAACUCUUCCUGCAGAGCCAACCAAGGGCUGCCACAGAUGUCCAGAGCCCUGGGCAUUCAGCCAUCCAGCUGCUCCAGGGAAGCACGAGAGGGGUCCCAGCAUGACAACAGGGCCAACCAGGAUUGGGAUGUGGUGAAGGCCCGGCAGGUGGUGACAGUCAGCCCCAGACCCGGCCCUGGGCCCAGGGUGGCCCAGAAACCAGCACUGGGCCGGAGCACUAGCUUCACUGAGAAGGAUCUGAAAGAGGCCAAGGCGCUGAGCCAGCAGAUUGCAGCCCAGCUGACCACCCCUCCCAGCUCCAAUUCCCGAGGUGUCCAGCUCUUCAACAGGCGACGGCAGAGAGUGAACGAGUUCACUUUGGAAAGCCACGGUCAGAGGGUACAGAAGCCUGGCCAGGAGUCCCCCAGAGAGCCCUCUGCAAGCCCCCCAGGCCAUGCCCCAGGUCUCAACUUGAGUUCCACCUUGCUGCCCAAGCCAGGCCCUUCCAGGCACCCAGACCCCGAGACCCGCCACAGAGGGGUCUCUGCACCCAGGAUGGAGGGGUACUCAGAAGAGACCAGCUUGCUGCAGCACCUGGAGAAGAUGGCCAGUGAGGAGGAAGAGGUACCACUGGUGGUUUAUUUAAAGGAGAACGCAGCCCUGUUGACGGCCAAUGGGCUUCAUCUGUCCCAGAACCGAGAGACCCAAGAGUCCUCGCCCAGCCCUCCUCCAGCUGAAGUCCACAGCCCAGCUACAGAUGUCAACCAAAACCUUUCCUCGCCCAGUGCCGCGCUCACCACACCAGCUCCUAACAGCAACCGCAACCUGCCAGCCACCGAUGUCAAUCAGAACCCCCCAGCAACCGUCACCCCCCAGAGCCUGCCGAGUUCUAGCACCCAACAGAAUUCCCCUGAGGCACAGUGCUCACAGAAUGGCACGGUGCCAGAUUCCAAACCCAGCACCCUGUGCGCCGAUGGGCAGCCCCAGGCACCGCUGGAGGAGGUGAGAUCCGGUAUGCUCCUGAUUGACAAGGUCUCGACUCCGCCUUCUGCCACCAGCACCUGCUCCAGAGAAGUUACUCCCAUCCAGGGCUCUGGGCCGCUGACCUCAGAUUUCAUGUCCAGCUCCCUGCUCAUCGAUGUGCAGCCCAGCACCCUAGUGAUGUCAACGGAACAAGAGAUGACUGCACGGCCAGCAGCCACUACACCCACCAAGGUGUACAGCGAGGUCCAUCUCACGCUGGCCAAGCCCCAGUCGGUGGUGAACAGGACGGCCAGGCCUUUUGGGAUCCAGGCACCAGGGGGCACUAACCAAAUAGAGCGGAGCCCCAUGCUGGAGAGACGACACUUUGGGGAGAAGGCCCCUGCUCCCCAGCACCCCACCAUGGUAGAUAGGAGUCCCCGGCCACAGAGACAUGUCAUGUCCCACAGCCCCAUGGUGGAAAGGAGGCUGGUGGGGCAGCGAAGCCCGGCCUUGGAGAGACGCCCCUUAGGGAACUUCACCCCACCGCCCACCUAUGCAGAGACCUUGUCCGCCGCACCCCCGGCUUCCCGGGUUAGGUCUCCCCCGUCUUAUUCUGCCCUGUACCCUAGCUCCGACCCCAAGCCUUCUCAUCUGAAGGGCCAGGCGGUUCCCGCCAGCAAGACGGGCAUUUUGGAGGAGUCAAUGAUCCGCAGAGGCAGUCGAAAAUCCAUGUUCACCUUUGUGGAGAAGCCAAAGGUCACCCCCAAUCCAGACCUGCUGGACCUGGUACAGACCGCGGAUGAGAAGCGGAGGCAGAGGGACCAAGGCGAGGCCGGCGUGGAGGAGGAGCCCUUCGCGCUGGGGGCCGAGGCGUCCAACUUCCAGCAGGAGCCAGUCCCUCGGGACAGGGGCAGCCCUGCAGCCGCGGAGGAGGCUGUCCCCGAGUGGGCUUCCUGCCUCAAGUCGCCCCGUAUCCAGGCCAAGCCCAAGCCCAAACCCAACCAGAACCUCUCGGAGGCCUCUGGGAAGGGGGCUGAGCUUUACGCCCGCCGCCAGUCGCGGAUGGAGAAGUAUGUCAUUGAGUCUUCAGGCCACACUGAGCUGGCCCGCUGCCCUUCACCCACCAUGUCCCUGCCUUCCUCCUGGAAAUACUCCACGAAUGCCCCCGGCUUCCGAGUGGCAUCCCUAAGCCCAGCGCGGACGCCCCCUGCCUCCCUCUACCAUGGCUACCUGCCUGAGAAUGGGGUCCUACGCCCAGAGCCCACCAAGCAGCAGCCCCCAUACCAGAUGCGGCCCUCUCUCUUUGUCCUCUCACCCAUCAAGGAACCUGCCAAGGCCUCCCCUCGAGCUGCCUCAUCAAGAGCUGCCUCCUCAAGAGCCUCUUCACCAAGAGCCACCUCCCCUGCCAAGCCCUGCUCCCUGGACCUAGUGCCCAACCUGCCCAAGGCGGGUCUCCCACCGUCUCCUGCACUGCCUCGGCCUUCGCGAUCCUCCCCAGGCCUCUACACCUCACCUGGCCAGGACGGCCUCCAGCCCACUGCCGUGAGCCCCACCUACAGCAGCGACAUCUCCCCCGUGUCUCCCUCCCGGGCAUGGUCUCCCCGCGCCAAGCAGGCUCCCAGGCCCUCCUUCUCUACCCGGAACGCAGGGAUCGAGGCUCAGGUGUGGAAGCCUUCCUUCUGCUUCAAGUAACGGACCCCACCAGGGUCCCACUGCCUGUCCAGGCCCCUUCUCCAAGGGCCAGGUGGAGAGCACAGGUGGCAGGAAGCGGCCCAGGGCCUAGUGAGGAGGAUGGGGAGUCCAUGGUUCAAGGUCUGCACUGUCGCCAGCUAGCUAUGUGACCUUGGGCAAGCUGCCUCCCCUCUCUGAGCUACAGCAGCCUCUUCUCCACUACAAGGGGUCCUGGACUCCAUGUCGGGGUGGGAAGGAGGGUCACAGAGAGAGCUUCCCGCUGGCAGGCCAUGAUGAGGCCAAGCGGCUUCUUCCAGCCUUGGCGAGCUGCAGGGCUGCCAGUCUGAGGCCAGUGACUCGCUGGGGAAUGGCCAGGACAGGGGAUGCUAAGGGGGACUUCUGGAGCAGACAGAGCCACCAGUGCCUGAGGAUUCUGCCAGCCAGGGGUCUGCCUGCUCAGCCGGCUGGAGGCCUUCCCAGGUGGCCCACGCUCCUGGCAUCUUCCUUCCUGUUGCUGGAUUCUCACCUCUGCAGGCCUGUCUCUCCCUCUGCCUCUGGACGUCUCCUCUCCACUGCUUCAGACAGCCUGCCUGGCCUCCACCCUUUCUUCUCUCCCGGGGCUUCCUGCUGGACGCGGACUUGGCCCACCACUGCUGUCUGCUGCUGUUCUUCCUGCUCUCCCCAGCUGCCUCUGCACCUUCUCCGAGACCUGGCUCCACUUGAGGGAGACUCCUGGCCUAGGCCUCAGUCUUGCUCCACCUGGCUUGCCCUUCUGUUGGGGGGUGGGGGACAUCCCAGGGGAUCCCUGAGGGAAUGAUGUGCAAACGUGUGUGUACUGCUAGGAGGGCGGCUCCUGUGUGAGGUAUCAUGGGCUCAGGCCCCAGGGAGAAAGGCAGAGGAGGAGGUCCCAUCCAGGCCUUCCACUUGCUGUGUGACUUUGGCCAAGUCACUUCCCUCUCUGAGCCUCARUUUUCUCAUCUAUACAAUAAAGGCUCCUCCCCAUGAUAAGCUGUGAGGAUUGAAAGGAUAGGCUGGUGCUUUGCAAGGAAGAGCUUGUGAGUGACAAGAUAGUCCCUGGGAAGACAGAAAAAGGAAACAGGAUAGAUGGAGUUAGAUGUCUGUGAGGAUGACCCGGUGAGGUAUGGUUAGAAUGAGCUGCUGCAGGAGGCCAAAGGCUCAGAAGCCUGGCCUGGGGUGACUCAGGUCGGAAUUGCCUGUGGAAAUGAUGUUGGCUGGGAUAGGCCCACAACAGCUCUGGGGGAAGGGACAGUAAAGACCCUAAGGCUUUGAGGGAAGUCUUGAACUUAGACCUGGAUUCUAAUGAAAUGACUUGGUGUGAAUCUUUGGGUCUCAGUUUCCCCAUUCACACAGUGAAGGUGUUGAGUCAAGUAGCCAGACAUCCCCACACCCCCCUACACCCCUUUGAUAUGAUGCAUCCCCCAAACUACACUUUGUGGGGGAUAAGAAAAGACAGAUACCAGCCGCAGGAUUCAGAUGGAAGCUGCCCAAGACUGGGGGCCGAGGACCACCCACUUCCUUUUUCCCAGUCCUAUUUCUGGGCUCCCAGAGGGGCGAGGGGUGGUGGAGGCGGUGCCAUGCUGGGCUGAGCCUGCAGUUUUCGUGAGCUCAGGGCUCGUCUCCAUGGGAACAGGGGUGCCUUCUCAGUGAGCUCAUUCUGCAUGAACCACAAACUGAGGGGGCAUGCCUGGGGAGCUGUAAAGGAGCUUAGUUCCUUCAUGCCACAUCCCCCCCAGAACAGGGUGAAGCCCCCUGCCCUGGACCCUUGCUCCCUUCAACCCUGGGGGGCCAGCCGUGGAGGAGCCCACCUUCCAUCCUAUGGCUGGGCUGAGCUCUUCUCCCAACUUUGUUUUCUCUCCUGUUCUCAAUACACUCUGCCUCAAAUCCA